AACGAGCGGUUCAGAGUGGGGGUGACAAAGGAUGAAGGCAGAGUGACGGACACUCACAGGUCACCUGACGGCCGUCACGCGGGGAUAAAAGACACCGGACAAGUUGGGUUCAGAAAAGCCUAUGCGGCCCUCACGGUCCCCUCACCGGCGACCACCCGUUUGACUACUCAUUUUUGGAUACGAACGUCACCGAACUGUAGAGCAUGCUGUUUUGGCACAGCCAUCCUGAAACCUAUCAACAGCACGCGCAAAAUAAUUAUAUAAGAGAUGCUCUUGCUCCGUUUCUCAAGCAUGAAGAGGAGCAGCAGUCCACUGAGAUCAGAGCGUCUCCUUUCCAUUAUGUGCUUUGUGCAGCCACAUCUCCAGCAGUGAAACUUCAGGACGAAACGCUCACAUAUCUAAAUCAAGGUCAGUCCUAUGAAAUCCGAAUGCUUAAUAGAAAACUGAUGGAGUAUACAGAUAUAAGCAGCAAAUAUGUAAAGAGCAUUGUGCGUGUCGUUUUCCAUGACAGACGGCUGCAGUACACAGAGCAUCAACAGCUGGAAGGAUGGAGGUGGAACCGACCAGGAGACAGGAUCUUGGAUAUAGAUAUCCCGCUGUCAGUGGGUAUAAUGGAGCCUCGAGCCCACCCACUGCAGCUCAACACCAUAGAGUUCCUUUGGGAUCCUGACAAAAAUGCCUCCGUGUUCAUUCAGGUAAACUGCAUUAGCACUGAGUUCACUCCUAGAAAACAUGGUGGAGAGAAGGGCGUCCCUUUCCGCAUUCAGAUAGACACCUUUGCAGCCGGCGAGCAUGGAGAAUACACUGAACACAUGCGCUCCGCCAGCUGCCAGGUCAAAGUGUUCAAGCCGAAAGGCGCUGAUCGCAAACUCAAGACUGACAGAGAGAAGAUGGACAAAAAGAGUCCUCAGGAUAGAGAAAAAUAUCAACCAUCCUAUAAAACAACAGUGCUGACUGAGUGCUCCCCUUGGCCUGAAGCCCCAUCCGUCAGCAGCAACACACCAUCUCCUGGUUAUCACAGCGCUCACACUUCCUACAGCUUCCCAGAGGAAAACUGCUCUCCAGACCAGCAGGUGGAGCUACUUCUGCCCAGCUGCUCUGAUCACCUGUUGCCAUCGUCCUCCAUGCAGGACACGCAGCAGUGGCUCCAUCGUAAUAGAUUCUCCUCUUUCUGCAGGCUCUUCUCUGGCUUCUCAGGUUCCGAUCUGCUAAAAAUGAGUAGAGAAGACUUCAUUCAGAUCUGUGGUCCUGCUGACGGCAUCCGUCUUUUCAAUGCAAUCAAAGGAAGGUGCAUACAACCGCGUCUCACUGUCUACGUAUCCCAGCUGCAGAACAGGAACCAACCGCACACCAAAGCGGGUGAUGAUGUGUACCAUGCCCUCUACCUAGAGGACCUAACUGUCCUAGAGCUCACUGAGAAGAUAGCCAAUCUAUAUAAUGUUCCCUCACAGCAAAUCCAUCGUAUAUACAGACAGGGGCCGACGGGGAUCCAUGUCUUAGUUUCAGAUGAGAUGGUGCAGAACUUUACAGAGGAGACUAGUUUCAUUAUCAGCACUAUGAAAGAUGAAAGUAAUGAUGGCUACCAUGUUGUACUGAAGUGACCCGAGUGUGUGACUACUGGAGCAUUACAGGUGCCUUUAGCUUAUUUUCACAAUAUCGGACUGUUUCUAAGUUAAAUAUCACCUGGUGGGAUGUGAAAUGAAACAGUGUGGAUGAUGAUG